AAGUUUUCACCUUGUUUGUUUCUUCCAGACAAUCUCUUUAUAACAGUAAAUAGUCAACUGAAAGUUCCUCCUCCUGGGUAGCUAGAGAGAGAGAGAGAUAAUAAAAUGAGAAAAGGGCAAGUGAAUGUUUUUAUCUUGUUACUGUUCUUCACUCUCUCUUCGGCUUCUGAUCAGAGAUGGAGGAAAGCAAUGAUUUCAACUUACAAUGGCUCUUCUUCUUCUUCUAUGAUGAUGAAUAGAGUUGGGUCCUCCAUCUUGUUUCCUAUUCAUGGAAAUGUGUAUCCAGCAGGGUACUAUAAUGUUACCAUCAAUAUAGGCCAUCCUCCCAAGCCCUACUUUCUUGAUCUUGAUACUGGAAGUGACCUCACAUGGCUCCAAUGCAAUGCUCCAUGCGUCCAUUGUAUCGAGGCACCUCAUCCGCUUUACCAACCCACCAAUGACCUAGUGGCAUGUAAAGAUCAGCUUUGUUCAGCGUUGCAUCCACCUGGUGACUACAAAUGUGAAAGCCCUGAUCAAUGUGACUAUGAGGUUGAGUAUGCAGAUGGUGGUUCAUCCCUCGGAGUCCUUGUCCGAGACACGUUUUCUUUAAACUAUACAAAUGGAAUCCGACUCAGUCCUCGUCUGGCCCUUGGUUGCGGAUACGAUCAAAUUCCGGGCACAUCUAAUCAUCCCUUGGAUGGAAUACUUGGCCUCGGAAGGGGAAAAUCCAGCAUUGUGUCACAGCUUCAGAGACAGGGUUUGGUGCGGAAUGUCGUUGGCCACUGUCUUAGUGGAAUAGGCGGCGGAUUUCUUUUCUUCGGGGAUGGUCUCUAUGAUUCCUCACAUGUGACUUGGACACCAAUGUCACAGGAGUUUACAAAAUACUACUCCCCAGGAAGCGCAGAGCUACAUUUCGGUGGGAAAGCUACCGGCAUUAAAAAUCUCAUCGUAAUAUUCGACAGCGGGAGCUCUUACACUUACCUUAAUUCUCAGGCUUACCAAGCAUUAACAGAGUUGUUGAAGAAAGAACUAAGCGGAAGGUCGCUAAAGGAAGCUCCAGAGGACCAGACACUCCCGUUAUGUUGGAAAGGUCGGAAGCCUUUCCGGAGUGUGCACGAUGCCAAGAAAUACUUCAAGACCGUACUGUCUCUGGCCUUUACAAAUAGUGGCAGAAGAAAAGCCCCGUUUGAAUUGCACCCUGAAGCUUAUCUUAUAAUAUCAAACAAGGGAAAUGCUUGCUUGGGAAUCCUUAAUGGAACACAAGUAGGGCUGCAAAACCUGAAUGUCGUUGGAGACAUAUCGAUGCAAGACAGAAUGGUGAUAUAUGACAAUGAGAAACAAGUGAUAGGAUGGAGCCCUGCAAAUUGUGAUCAUCUUCCUAUGUUCAGAUCUUAUAUUUAAACUACAAAAUAAAUCUCUUUAUCCUUAUAUUUUCAAUCUUAGGUAUUAUGUAGAACCCACAAACCAGGAAGGGGAUUACUCUGUAAAUUUUU